AAUCCAGGCCACUGCGGUGACUGACAUGACUGAUGUCACUUACGAAAUCACUCUACUUGUUAUAUUCAGUUUUUUUAUUCAUUUCAGUUCUUUAUUCCCCAGGGAACGCUUCUGUUCUUCAUUAUAUAUAUUGGUUGUAUACGUUAAAUAAAACGGCUUUUUACUUUGGGACGGCUGGAGUCUGACUUCCACUUUCGGUCAACACCACAUUGGCGACGAGGAUGCAGUGAACAUACCCCCAGCCCCGCUGCGCCGUCCGUAUCCGCCCACCAUGAGCUUCACCGGGCUUGCUCCGCCACCGUUUUUCCUUCCGGCGCCUGGCCGUCCCUCAUUGCCAUGGGAGCAGUGGGAGCAGAUGUUCAACGUGUACUUGCUGGCAUCCGGAGCCGCCCCAUUCAAGCCGGAGCAACGCAAGGCUAUUCUUUUGCAUUGUUUGGGGGCGGAGGGCCAGCGUAUUUAUCAGACGCUACAUGCAGGGACCAGCGCCGCAGCACGCGCCGAUGACAAGUCUAUCGUGGCCCCUCCUGACGAAUACGACUCUGCAUUUGCCGCAUUACGGCACCAGUUUUCGACGUCGCGCAACGUUAUCAUCGAGCGUCAUCGCUUUCACUGCCGCAGCCAACAUACAGGCGAGUCCGUUCACGACUUUGUUGCCGCUCUACGGGAGCUAGCGUCACAUUGUUCGUUUGCCUCCCAAGAUGAUGCUCUGCGGGAUCAAUUCGUUGCCGGCGUAGCUUCCACUCGCGUACGUGAGCGGUUACUGCUCGAGGGUUCCACACUUUCAUUCGAGAAUUCCGUUCGAAUUGCACUUCAGUUUGAGCAGGCGGCUGAAGAGCUAAAGGAGCUUUCUGCUUCGGUCGAAGCAAUUUCAUUGCAGCAGCAUCGAAAACCAUCCUCGCAUUCUUCGAAAAAAAGGAAUUCACAACCGGCAGCCACCUUAGAGCAGAAUUUAACGAGGAGCGCGGGCGGCUCACGUGCGCCGCAGCGGAACCGUCCCCCUGAGCGGAACCGAGAACAGAGUAGUCGCUCCGGUUCGCCACAUUGUUUCCGAUGCGGCUCGCGGGACCACAUCGCGUCAGCGCCGCAGUGCCCAGCGCAUGGCAAGAUUUGUUCAUUUUGCGGUCGCAAGGGCCACUUUCAAAGGGUAUGCAACCGCAAGCUAACCCAAAUGCAAGGCCGAGUCCGUGAAGUUGAAUUUCAUGAAGAUGUUUCGUCAUCCAGCAGUGCUGAGGAAGUUUUGACCGACUGUUGUUGA